AUGACUGAUGAUCAAACAAAAUAUGAAGUCUCUCGGACUAUCUUGAGAGCAAAUAGAAUAACAUUUUCCAGUGGAACAAAGAUUGGUGGUGGAUUGUUUUCGAUUGAAGCGAGAUGGGGACAUACCUCUGUCUCGAUAGGAAAGCGAGUGUUUAUAUUUGGUGGACAGGGUGAAUCUUUGUAUUCCAAUACUUGUGUAUACGACUCUACCUCUAGUGUCUGGAAUGAACUACACACACUGGGGAAAGGUCCAUCUUCACGUUAUGCACAUACCGCUACACUCGUUGAAGAUUCUUCAGUGAUGGUAUUUGGUGGUCGUAACAACAAGAAAUAUCUAAAUGAUUUAUAUUGUUUAAAUUUACCUACAAUGUCAUGGAGUACUUUUCAUUUCGACAAGGUAGAACCGGAAGCAAGAGCAGGACAUACAUGUACUUUUGUUCAGAGUGUCAGUGGUGGAUGUAAUAGGAUGGUUUUGUUUGGUGGUAAUCACUCGGCAAAGUAUUUUACGAGUUUGUAUAUUUUAGAGUUUCCAAAGCGUCAGAGCGAUACUAUUCGCUGGAUAAAGCCGUCGGUGCGCGGAUCCGGACCGAGCGGGCGAACUGGCCACACUGCCAGCCAUAUCAAAGAGACUGAGAAUGUCGUGUUCAUCGGUGGAUACGAUGGAAAGCGAUCGUUGAUCGAUGUCUGGAUGUUGAAUACCAAGGAUUACGUGUGGACACAGAUCAAACCGAGUGGAAUCUCACCGUCGCCGCGACACGGACACACCGCGGUCAGCGUCGGCAAUCUAAAGAGUCUAAUGCCUACUCCCAGAGAACUACUGCUACCGCCAACAUCCAAUCUGACGUCGGAACAACAACAGCAACAACAACAAGCUACACUUUCACCAAUGGUUCAAUCAACUGCCAAUAACUCUAACAUCACCACCACAACAACAACUACUACCACUACAACAUCGACAUCGGCAACAUCUACACCCACAACAACUCCACCUUUAUUAAAUAUAAAUCAGCCGCUAACGACUUCCACUCCUGCUGCUUCGUCACUACCAAGUAAAUCAGCAGCUGCCGAUAAUAUUAUAUUGUACACAAGCGAUAAAUGCACUGGCGCAACUGCUACUGGAGCAACAACAGAAAACACUGAUAUCGAAUGA